AUGGGACUUUCUGAUUACAACGUUAACCUCUUCAAGCAUAUAACACCUCCUCUAAUAAAAAGCAUAACACCAAGUUCUUUGUCCCCGCAUUACGCGGCUCAAUCUCCUUCAGGACGUAAACCUGACUUGGUAGCGAAGGAGGUGCUGGAAUGGUGGCAAACCAACGGAAAGCACCCGUUCAUCCAGUCCCACAUCUCGUCACCGAGUAAUGUGGGUGCGAACUCGCCAGAGAACUUACCACUAGGUGAUAAGGUCCAGCUCAUUCGACUACCAGUAGCUUCACCGUCAGCCGUUAAAGAGUUCAGUCAGGUUAGCAGUGAAGAGCCAGCACAUCUCACCACAGAGACCAUGCCCCACGACUUCUCAGAAUUAACUGAGCUGGCGAGUAACAACUUUCACUUUCCGAUGCUUGUAGCAUGGAAGAAUCUCCCUGCAACGGUCGCAAGAGACGCCUCACUAUGA